AUGCUAGCGAUCUUCGUUUGCCUGGUGUUUUGUUUAGUGCUGGCAUUUUUGCUGCUUGCUUCAAAUGUCAGUAUUUCCGCCGAGAAAACCAGCUCGCCGCCGCUUCUGAUCAUUUCUUACGAUGGAUUUCGUUGGGAUUAUCUCAAUCGUACACGCACGCCAAACUUUGAUCACAUUAUAAAACAUGGCGUGUAUGCCAGAAGAGGGUUGGUGAAUGUGUUUGCGACCUCGACACUUACCAACCACUGGUCUAUGGUGACGGGGUUGUACCCGGAGAGUCAUGGUAUCAUUGAUAACCACUUCUUUGAUCCCGAUGUGAACAAAACGUAUAUUCCUCUUUAUCAGAACUGGUCUGCUGUAAAUGACCCGCGAUUUUAUGACACGGGAGCUGAGCCAAUCUGGGUUACAAACCAGCUGCAGAAAGAAAAUGGUCGCAGUGGGAGUGUUAUGUGGUGGGGCGCAGAAAAUAUUGUGAAAAAUACUAGGCCCACACAUCAUAUGCCUUAUAACCUAACUAUAGAAAGCACUUACAUUAUUGAUACCAUGGUAAAAUGGUUCACACAAGAUUCAGGGAUCAAUCUAGGUCUUCUGUAUUUCUCGGAGCCGGAUCAUACAGCACAUCAGUUUGGUCCCGAUUCUGAUAAUGUGACACAAAUGAUUGGCAAAGCUGAUGAACUGACAGGUUAUCUCUUUCGUCAGUUGUCUAGAAAUGAUCUUCUAGAGGAUAUGAAUAUAAUAUUCACAAGCGACCAUGGUUUUGCUUCUGCUUCCAAAGAGAAUCUCAUUUAUCUGGAUAAAUACAUUGACCCCAGCUGGUACACUGUGAUCCACUACACACCGGUUGCUGCUAUUAUGCCUAAACCAGGCAAGGAAGACAUCAUUUUUGAGAAGCUGAAAGCAGCUUCAACAGACAAUCAUUUUACAGUUUAUAGAAAAAAGGAUAUACCAGAUAGGCUGCGCUAUAGAAACAACAUCAGAACCCCUCCAAUCAUCAUUGUUGCAGACAUCACGUAUAAUUUUAUUACUAACAUGUCUGCUGAUCAAUUUAAACUAGCUGGCAACCACGGAUAUGACAACAAGUAUGAAGACAUGCAUCCAUUCUUUUUGGCUAUGGGACCAUCAUUCAAGCAGGGAGUUGAAGUAGAGACAUUUCAGAUGGUGGAUUUGUAUCCUUUGAUGUGCCGCUUACUGGAGCUGCAACCAGCACCAAACAAUGGCAGCUUGGAUGUGGUUUCUCUCUUCUUGCAGGAUCAACAGAAUUCCAUUUGGACUGUUUCAGCAUACAUAUUGUCCCUGGCUGUUAUAAUAACACUUGGUGGGACAUUUGCUGUUGCCUCAGUUUGGCAUUAUUGUCAGAAGCAUAAAAGCUCAGAGCUUGGGUUUGGUCGAACUGCAGCAAGGAUACAUUCUUUCAAAGACAUAAAUGCCCAGUACAAACUCAUACCAGAUGAAGAGGCACAUGAUGAUGGUCUUUGA